CUCCCCCAUCUAUUUGCCUUCCUUCCUUCCUUGCUGAUCUCAAACAUAUGAUGUUUAUUCAAUAUGUCUUAAACAUUCCCUUCAUCGCUCUACCAACGGUCUCAAAAACGGUGUGUGUGUGGGGGGGUGUUUUAGGCACGUUUACCGCGCGUGCGUGAAAUGCUAAUUCUUCCGGCGCAGCGGUUGCACUUCCGGGUGAAUGGAGGGGCACUGAAAAGCUGCCCCGUGUGCGCUCCUGGCUGCGUUGGUGCUGCGAUGAAGAUCACGCGGCAGAAGCACGCCAAGAAGCACAUGGGCUUCUACAAAUACAGUUUUGGCUUCCGGGAGCCUUUCCAAGUGCUGCUGGAUGGGACCUUCUGCCAAGCGGCGCUGCGCAACAAGAUCCAGAUCCGGGAGCAACUGCCCGGUUACUUGGGUGGCGCCACCCAGCUCUGCACGACCCGAUGUGUUCUAAAAGAAUUGGAGUCCUUGGGAAAGGAAUUGUACGGAGCCAAGCUAAUUGCCCAGAGAUGUCAAGUGCGCCACUGCUCUCACUUCAAAGAGCCCGUGAGUGGUUCGGCCUGCCUGUUGUCCAUGGUGGACGGAGGCAAUCCACACCAUUACUUCAUUGCUACCCAAGACCAGGUUUUAGGAACCAAGGUGAAGAAAAGGGCCGGCAUUCCUCUUCUCUUCAUCAUCCAGAACACCAUGGUGUUGGACAAGCCUUCUGCCAAAUCUCUGGCCACAGCACAAGCGAUGCAGACCAAUCAGCUGAUCCCAGAGCAUCAGAAACUGAGCAUUGUGCAACUCAAAGAACAGCAGGGCCUGGGGAAGACCUCAGAGUCCCGCAAGAGGAAGCUGAAAAGAGCCAGUGGUCCUAAUCCACUAAGUUGCUUGAAGAAAAAGAAGAAAACACAAGAGACCCCACAGCCUUCAGCAGCCAAGAAAAGAAACCGGAAACGCAGCAAAAGGAAAUUGGGAGUUUCAUCUGAUGCUGUGCAGUCGUGAUAAAGAUUUCCUCCAAGGCAACUGUGCUGGGCUCAUAAUUUUGCCAACCUGGUGUAAAGGAUAACUUUACGGCCUCCCUGCCGCACUGCACCCCACCCCUGGAUGUGAUCUGAGGGGUUUGUAGGUGGGAGGGGAGAUGGAGCAAAAUAAAUCUUGCACAUUGGUGAAAAAUUAUUGUAUCCAGUUCAUUUUCUUCUGCUCAACUGAUAUGAAAAUAAAUUUAUAGAUUUCCUUUUUUUAAAAAAAAA